CAUGUCAUUUUCUUUAAAUUUAUUAAAUGCAAAAUAUUCAUAAAGGUUGUGCAGUUGUUGAGUAUUGUUGUGAGGGACUUAAAGAUCCUGAUUUCUCAUAAAGACUCAUAAGCCCACAAACUGAACGUUUAGAGACUAAACUUCAGGGAUUAAAUAUGCUUCUUUUGUUUGUUUUUUGAUGUUGGCCUCCAGACCUCCAGGAGGAAUAAAAACAGCCACAUAUUAAAACAACAUCUAUCACACUCUUCUCUGGUUGUUUUGAGGCAUUCUGGGAAAUGUAGGAAACCACAAACUCCUACAAACAAACAAGCUAAAAACAGGAGAGAAGAUGUGCAUGAAGGUGAGAUUAUUGAAACACAGGAUGAUGUAAUGUCAGCUGCACAGUUUCAGACAUCUGCAGGCUGUGUAGCAUCAGAGGGGCAGAGUCAGCCUCGUGAUUGGCUGGAGGGGGAACAGAUCUCGACCCUUGGGACCGACACCACACCCAUCUGUGUGUGUGUGUGUGUGCGUGUGUGUGUGUGUGCGUGUGUUGUUCAGCAUAUGCUCUGUUGUGUUUCUUCUUCCUCUUCUUCUUCUCAGAACUGGUUGACAUCAUCAUGGACCUGACUCCCGCCCCUGCACAGCCAGAAACCGAGCGUCCUCCUCCUCCUCCUCUGGAUCCUGUGACCGAGAUAGUGACGACGACCACGUAUACAAACAUCAACACCGACGAUGGAGCUUUUGCAGCUUUGAUUGGAGGGCUCGUCGGCUCCGCGCUGCUGCUGCUGAUCUGCAUCAUCGUGGUGUUGCUGUGGGAUUUCUACCGACGUAAAGGCUCGUACGUCACCAACGAGAUGGACGGCGACGACGACGAUGACGACGAGUGUGAUGCGGCGCUCCAAAGCAGGAAGUCUCUGACGACCAAAGAGGAUUAAAGACAAGAAAGCCUUUAAAAUAAGACUUUAGUUGCGAUGUCGAGGAUCAUAAAGAGCUGUUUUACACCGAGGAGGUUUUUUUAAAAGUAGCCAAUUCUAUAAAGCUGCAUGAAGCAACUUUGUACAUUUCUGGCCCCAAAAGUCUGCAAGACGAACUUCACUUCUCGAACAUCUUAGUUUGAGAUUAUCCGAUAAUAAUGGUGAAUGCACGUUGCAGCAGUUACAUCGUGAGGCUCAGAUUCACGUCUUUUAAAGGGAUUUUUCUUUCUGAAACCGGUUUCUAAUGUUGAUUGAUCACUUUCGUUCUUGCUAAUGAGACUAUUUGUCGGUAGAAAUAACUUUUAGGCUUAAAAAGAAAACAUGCACCACUGCAUUUUGAAUCAAAAGCAGAAUUAACUGCCCAGACGAAUCUUUUUACAGCCGGUCAACAUUUAGUCUGCUGCUUUUCUUUCUUCAUUUUUCAACCUGAACUCAACCCAAGUUGAUGCUUUUUAUAGAUUGUUGUUGUACUAUCAGAGUAUUUUUUUCAGUUUUCUAAUAAAUAACCAAAAAAUAAAGAUAAAACAGAAAGUCCAAAACGUCAAUAAUU